AAUAGCAUCCAAUCUGAGGCUGUCUGCGGUGCCUGAAAAAGCCGUGGCGUCACGUUUGUCCGUGGCCAGACUCGACUAUAAUUUUCCACCCACGCCUCUCCCAAAACUUGCAGCUGUUCAACCGUGGUCUCUCAGCUGGACUGGACUACACAUUUUCCAUUGUUGGCCUCAUUUGCGACUGUCUUGCUAUGAACCAAAAAGGUUCUCUGCAGGCCAGAUUACCUAGCAAGUUACGGUACUCGAGGAACCGACAACAGGAAAAUAAAAAGUGCCGGCCCGGCGGCCAAAAGACGAAACCCCUGCCAGCCGAGUCCUCCUUACAUAAUCCACCAGUCCAGCAAACAUGGCUCCGACAACCCUCGUGACCUUUUUAGUCCGCGUGCCUCCUUCGACUAGGUCAGUGAGCCUGUACGGUUCCUGGGACAACUUCUCCACAGCCUAUCCCAUGCAAAAGGAUUCCCGCACGGGCCCAGAGCAUUGGUCCGGGUGUCAUAGCUUUUCCAACAUUAUCUGUGACGGCGACAAUCAACCGAUAGGAAUUCCAAGAGAUGGCGGGCUGAAGAUGGGGGGCACCUACUGGUAUUAUUACAAGUUGGACGACGAUAUCGAGUUUCACAAUUCCGCCGAGCAUUCGACCACGGCUUGCCCUCUCCUUCCGGGCCAGCUCGUCAACGUCCUGAAUGUCCCUUUGGCUAUGAGCAGCAGCAGACCUCGAAACGAUAGUGUCAGCUCUACUAGCUCCGAGUUUCGCACUAUGGAUCCUUCUGACAAGUUCAUGAACCCCAGGCCAGUGCCUGCUAAGCCUUCCCUGCCGAGGCUGAAGACCUCACCCACAUUUCCCCAACAAUCCUGGUCAUCGAGUAGCUCUCCCAUCAGCGCCGACUAUAGGAGAGGAAGGUCGGCAUCUUCACGAGGUUCAUCACAGCCAGGCAGUGCCACGACUCUGAGGAUGGCCAAGUCGUCAAAGAAACCAUCACUUGAGAUGCUCAAUCGAUCCCUUUCUCGCGGAAGCAACAGAUCUGCCGGCUUCAUGGGCGCGAUCCGAGCCUUGAAGUCUCCGCGCAUACCUAGUCCUGACACUGCGUUCGAUCGAGGACGACCAGAAUACAGUCCGGCUACCUUGAUGUCGAGGGGAAGUUCUCAGCGAGGGACAACACCAAGGACGCCCACAAACGAGACCAAGCAGCCGCUAGAGAUAGAGGAGCUUUCCUCGGCUGGUCCGUCAAGGGAGCUGGCCCUGCGAAAGGAUGUUGAUAUUUGGGUCGAAGGUUCCGCAACGGUGGCAAUCCCCUCCUUUUCCCAGCACAGAAGACAGCGCUCACUGACACGAGAACCGUCAUCUUUGCGCAACCCUUGGUCACGGGGGAGCACGCCGGAACGAAACCCCAUCGAGCAGGCCAAUACCCCAUACCGGCCUCUGGAAACCCUCAGAGAAGUGGCAUCUCCAGCAACCACUCCCGGUCAACCUCUCACGGCCGUCAAAGUUGCCGGUCAUCAGCCUGUCGAUGAUUCACAGGCACCGCUCGACCUAGAGAAACGACUGCCUACUCUGCCAAACACUCCAUCUUCCGUAUACCCCCCGAGCAGUGCAGAUGAUUCUCCUAGCCAACAGCACCAGGGGAUCGACCUACAAAAUCUCAACAGCCGCUUCUCUAGCACCACCAUCGAGACAGGAUCUCACGUGGAUAGCUACAUCAACAACGAGCGAAGUCACUUUUCUGAUUGGACGAUCAGUACAACCCGGAUCUCACCUCGGUCGGAAUAUGCAUCCAGUCUUCUCGAUUUUGAGCCAAUGAGUCCACCCUUGGAAUCAGAGCUCGAUUACGGUGACUGUCAGUCCAUCGAGGUUAUUGAGCCGGCCAGAAACCCACACGAGUACAAGACAUCAACACAUACAGAAUCCGCUCAGGCUGGCAUGCCUACGGCACUCAGCAUCUCAACCCUCAGUUCCGUAGCUUCUUCAGCGACACCCAGUUCUCACGUCGAUUUAGACAGUGCCAGAGACGCAGACUUUUCCUGGGGCAAGUUUCAGCAUUAUAGCCUCCCGACGGAAGAUGGGGCUUCUGGGGUCACUGUCAAAUCGGCUGUGACAACGGAGCAGGUGGCCCCGUUGGUUGUCGGUGAGCACAAUCGACCGAACGAAUUUCAGUCUCAAGGCGCAGUACUCGGUGGUUCAAGCCUUCCACAUUCCACCGGCAUGCAGGAGUUACUGGAUGAACUGAGCUACCUCAGUGGUAUGAUCCAGCAACAUUGAGAUCCUUCUCUUUGACCGACAAGACACCUUUGCAUAUUCUUACCCAGGGUCGACAAACUGAACGACCCCCUUUCCGAUUUUACUAAUCCCGUAUAACGGAACCCCAGUUCUUUCUUUUUUCGAUGAUACCAAGAUUUGAUAGCGUUACCUGUAUCUGUAUGGCGGUGGAUGGUAAUGGUUGAUUUGACGAGACGUGAUGAAGAAAGGAAGGAUCACAGGACUACAGGUGUAACGAAUUUCUUUUCAAGUUAUGAAAAGUGCCAAAAUAGGCGGAAAAGCCUGUAUGGUUUUGGUUGUAGAGAGUAUCGAGAAUAAUGAC